AUGAGCGAAUUCAUAUACUCCCCGAUUCCAGCCAGCAGCGGCGGGUUUCGCAUUUUGAGGCUCCGGCCCGGAAGUCCAGAUAACAGCGUAGAGUGUGACCUCAUCAUCGCCCAGCUCGACUCAAGUAACCUGCUACCUUACGAUGCUUUGUCGUAUUUCUGGGGAGACCCUGAUGAUCGAGAGGCCAUCACGGUUCAUGGCCGCGAACAGCAUGUGACAAGGAAUCUCCAUGCAGCUCUAAGGCAGCUGAGGUCUGUAUCCAGAGACCGACUGCUCUGGGCCGAUGCAGUCUGUAUCAACCAAAAUGAUGCAGAAGAGAAGGGCAAACAGGUCCAACUUAUGAGAGAUAUCUAUCGAAAGGCGGAACGCACAAUUGUCUGGCUUGGCGAGGGUUCAAUCUUUACU